UUUGCGUCUCCAUCCUCCCACCACCCGCGCUAUCGCUUCCAUCUGCGCGCUCCCGACUCCUGGCUCUCACAGCCCCGCCGCAUCCAUUAAAAAUGACUCGGAUCACCCGGAGACUUUGCGCCGGUGCCACAUAGAGAGGAAGUGGUUUAUCCCUUUGUCUACACGCGGGCACGGUGUUCUUCCAAGGGAUUUUGCUCCAAAAUGACUCCGCAUCUCACCACGCUGCUCUUGAGUGUGGCUCUAACAGGCGUCGCCAGAGGAUGCAGCUCUGGAUGCAACAGUGAGAAUGGAUUUUGUGAGAAGACAGGGAAGUGCAGGUGCAAACCGGGCUGGCAAGGAGACGACUGCGAGCGCUGCAUCCCCUUCCCGGGUUGCUCGCACGGCUCCUGCGAGAAAGCGUGGCAGUGUAUCUGUCAGGAGGGCUGGGUGGGCAGCCUGUGUGACCAAGAUACUCGCCGGUGCUCAUCCAGGCCUUGUUCUGGGAACGCCACAUGCAUAGAGACUGGAGAGGGGGGUUACCUGUGCAUCUGUCCCUAUGGAUACAUUGGGCCCACAUGUCACCAGAAGAAGAACCUCUGUCACUCUAAAGGCUCUCCUUGCCAGAACGGCGGCACUUGUAAGGACACGGACGACACCUCGGAUGUCCGCACUUCCUGUUUAUGUCCCCUGGGAUUUUCCGGCGACUUCUGCGAGGAACGUGCCGACAGUUGCCGACCCAACCCGUGUCUGAACGGCGCCAACUGCACAAACAACGGCGGGGCUUCCACCUGUUCCUGCCCGCCGGGCUUCGCCGGUUUAACUUGUAAUGACACGGCGGGCGCCUUGCCGUGCGGCGUCAAGCCCUGCGCCAACGGGGCCACGUGCGCCGAGCGACCCGGCGGAACCUUCCGGUGCGUUUGUCCCAGGUGGUUUUCAGGUCCGCUGUGUUCCCUGCAGCACAAACCCAAACCCAAGCCCAAACCGGCCGGCGCCAAUCCCGUGGACCACAGGGUGUUUGCGCUAACCCCGCAGCAUUACUCACUCCCUGCACACGCCUUCCACAAGCUCCUCCAACCGCCUGAGAGGGACCUGCUCAAGAUCACUCUGAAAGAGACGGUCCACCAUUCGGCGGGGGCCUUGUCCACGCACGGUCAGCUGGUCUGCUUCGGCAUGCUGGCCCUGCUCACCUGCCUGGUCGUCCUGCUCACCACCGGCAUCGUGCUGUUCGGCCGCUGCGAGGCCUGGAUGGCUAACGCCAAGUACAGCAAGCUGGUACGGCGGCAGCGCGAGCACCUGCUGAGGGAGGUGGGCGGAGCCGGCCAGGAGGAGACGGAGCAUUCGGUGAACAUUAUCCUGCCGGAGAAGAUCAGACUGAAUAGCUUUGGGAAGCAUUACACCUCCAUCUGAGGUCUUGAAGGAGACACCAGUGAAUGUAUCGUGUAAAAAGUAGCAGGAAAAGUAGAUUGUGUACUUUUUCAAGUUUUACCAAACAGCAAUGUGGUAUUUCGUCAUGUGACUAUUAUAACUCUGCUGCGAAAUAGUCAUUUAGUUAUUAUAUGCAAACAUUGUGAGUUUUCUUUAUGUCGUGUUGAGGCGAAACUUGCAAAAGGACAGAGGUACGCCUGGUAAUGGCGUCCAGUAAAAGAUGUGUAUUUACUGUACAACCAUAACUAAACAUUGUUGGGUUUUUCCAGCUCUACAGUCGCGAUCUAAAAGUUGACAUACACUUGUAAAGGACGUAAUGUCAUGGCUGUCUUGAGUUUCCAUUAAUUUCUACAACUCUUGUUUUUUUUGUAAUGGAGUGAUUGGAGCACAUACCGUAUUUCCUUGAAUUGCCGCCGGGUAUAUACAGUGGGGCAAAAAAGUAUUUAGUCAGCCACCGAUUGUGCAAGUUCUCCCACUUAAAAUGAUGACAGAGGUCUAUAAUUUUCAUCAUAGGUACACUUCAACUGUGAGAGACAGAAUGUGAAAAAAAAAUCCAGGAAUUCACAUUGUAAGAAUUUUAAAGAAUUUAUUUUGUAAAUUAUGGUGGAAAAUAAGUAUUUGGUCAACCAUUCAAAGCUCUCACUGAUGGAAGGAGGUUUUGGCUCAAAAUCUCACGAUACAUGGUCCCAUUCAUUCUUUCCUUAACACGGAUCAAUCGUCCUGUCCCCUUAGCAGAAAAACAGCCCCAAAGCAUGAUGUUUCCACCCCCAUGCUUCACAGUAGGUAUGGUGUUCUUGGGAUGCAACUCAGUAUUCUUCUUCCUCCAAACACGACGAGUUGAGUUUAUACCAAAACGGAUACAUGGAUGAUAGAGCAGAUGAUUGGGACAAUGUCAUGUGGUCAGAUGAAACCAAAAUAGAACUUUUUGGUAUAAACUCAACUCGUCGUGUUUGGAGGAAGAAGAAUACUGAGUUGUAUCCCAAGAACACCACACCUACUGUGAAGCAUGGGGGUGGAAAUAUCAUGCUUUGGGGCUG